UCAGACAACCAGAAAUGAAGGUCGCAACUUCAGCAAUGCUACUCCUUAUGCUCGUGGAAGCGGCUGUGGGCGUGCCGGCCUGGGGCCGUAUGACUUCGCGAAGGCCAACGCCAAAGCAAAGCCAAGCACAAUUUCAGAAAUGGUGUAGACUUAACUUUGGUCCGGCCUGGGGUGGCAGGGGAUGCUAGACAAAAAGAAUUCAUCUAGGAUGCAGCUUAGUCGUACUUAACCAUCGCAAAUCUCGACUGAGUAAAUAAGAAAAUAUAUUUUCUUGUCAGAUUUGGACAGACUGCACCGAUUCUUAA